UACUUUCCGCAUCCGCCCACGACCAAGAAGGUGCGCGCGGACCUCUUAAGUGGACGUCCGCGUGCAAUCCAGUAGUUGUGACAGCGCGGAGUGUAGGCAUGGCAUGUGCGCCGACUACGCAUGCUCCGGAGAGCAAAAUGGAUUCUCGUUUUGCAGAGAGAUUGUGCGAAGAGAUCAGGCGUCACCCACAUUUAUAUGACUCUUCCUUGAAAGAAUACAAAGACAACCAAAUGGUGAUGAACUCCUGGCGAGAGAUUGCGCAUACGCUUGGGAGAGAUGAAUGUGCCUGCCGCCAAAAAUGGAAAUAUCUGCGAGACAGAUACGUGAGGGCCAAGAGAAAGAUGAAAGGCGGGAGUGCCCGAGUGCCUCCGAUUGUUGCCAUGCUAGACUGGCUCUCUGGCUUCAUUAAACAUCGUCCCACUGAGUCGAACUUCUCAGCAGAGAAUGUGCGCAUGCGUGGAAAGCCAGACCAACGCGGACAGACGCAAGCCCUCAACUGUAGUACGAAUGGGAUCGCGUGUGCAUACGCGCGACCGGAGCAGUCCGCAGACGCAGAAAAUCCUCGUCUCCCUCCGUCCUCCCUGCACCUGCUGGUUCCUCCACUGAGGCUGAUGUCAGCCUGUAUGUGGCAGGUGGCCCAGGAGCGAAAUGUAGACCAGUAUGACAGACUGGCCGACUUCAUGACACUGGUGACAGAGAUGGUCCCAGAGCUUCUGAACUACAAACAGAAGACUCAGCUGAUCCUGGGACUGAGAGCACGACUCAUCCUUGAAUUGUUAAAGAGGAUGGAUAAGGUUGACAGCACAGCUAUCCAUGAUCAUCUUAAUGGUUUCCAACAGUGGACAACAAACUGCAUCUAUAAAGAGGAUCAAGAUGGAGAGUUGGAGUCUUCAAAGUCAGCGUUUGUGGAGCUGGUUCAGACACUGCUUGGAGACCAAUCUCAAAAAGAAAUUUUUUUCAAGGAGGUCUUCCCGCUACAGUAUGGAGUUCGUUUUGAUACAGCGCUGCAGAUCCUGGUCUGGGAGUUCUUCUACAGAUUGGAGGAGUUUCUCCCAGUACCAAGUUUUUCACAGGUAUUCUCCAUGUUUGACCUUUCUUCCAGCGACGAGCAGCUUGAGCAGUUUGUUUCUAAUCACGAGGGUCUGACGAACAUUUUGCAGCGUCAACAGGAGCGGCAAAAGUUGACUAAAAGUGAAUUCACCUUCACAUCAGACACAAUCCUCUCCACACUCGCAUCCAAACAGAUUUCAGCAGCGCCGGAAGAUCAUGUUGAUCAAAAAAUGCAUUGGGGAGGUGCAGACGGCAAACGAGACGCUGAGAAACCAUGGGAAGGUAAUCAAAUAAAGUUAGAAGAGGAGCCACAGGAAGUCAACAGCUAUAGCGUAGAGGACGGGUGUGAGGAUGAUGAGGAGACUGACGACAGCUCCAUUGACACUAAUGUGAACUCUCCGCUGCAGGAGUAUGGACUGUCACCACUCACUUCCUCUCCACGUUCUGAAGAAGCUGCAGAUGACAGAGAAACAGCUGGCGAAGCUGCCUCCCAGCCAUCCAGAUGCUCAGACGACUCAGUGGAAGGAGGGAAGCAGCAUCUGGAUUUGAGCGGAGACAAGGAGCUGCCAGAAGAGAGCACCAUCCAGUCCUCGACAGCGGCCAAUGUUUCCUGUCUACUCAGCGAGAACUCCUUAAGAGCCGAUAAAAACACCUGCCUGGAGUGUGGAAAGACUUUUUCAUCCUGCUCCGCCUUGAAAAACCAUCGUUUCGUUCACACUUCGGCGCGGCCGUUCAAGUGCACUCAGUGCGACAAGACAUAUAAAAGCCGUAAAGACCUGAAUCAACACGUCCUCAGUCAUUCUCAACCUAAAGUCAUGUGUUUUGCUUGCAGUUUGUGUGAGAAGAGGUUUAGUUCUCAGGGUUUGCUUACAGUUCACCUACGUCACCACACUGGAGAGAGGCCGUUCGCCUGCUCCUACUGCGACAAGAGAUUCCUGACAAAGUCGGUUUUGAAGUCUCACGUGCGCAUCCACACCGGUGAGCGCCCGUACGCAUGUCCUUUAUGUGACAAGAAAUUUACACAGUUGUACCCGCGCACCGUGCACCUCAGGAUGCACAUGAAAGAGAAACCGUACCUGUGCAGCACGUGUGGUAUGUCUUUCUGCAGCUCUGGGGCCUUGCUGGUGCACUCGCGCAGUCACACGGGGGAGCGGCCUUAUCAGUGCGAGUCCUGCGGCAAAGGUUUUGCCACGGCGGUACAGCUGACGCUGCAUCGGAGGUCGCACACGGGCGAGAGGCCGUAUGCUUGCUCAGAAUGUGACAAGUCGUUCCACAGCAGCUCAGGAUUGAAAAAACACAUGAGGACGCACACGGGGGAGAAACCACACAAGUGUUUGACGUGUCACAAGACGUUUUCACAAAAAUCCAACAUGAAAAUACACCUCAAAGUCCACAAGAAGAUCUAGCAUUCAGGAAGCUCCUGGAGACAUGUUGUUAUUAUGUGAAUUUUAUCUUAAGAAACCAAUAAAAGCCUGCUUCAUUCCUGUGUCAGGAAAUGCUGUUUUGGUGUAUGUUCACAUCAGCAAAUCACUAAUGUGUGUAUGUAAAUAUGAACUUGGGAUACUCAAAUAUUACAUGCUGGAGUGUUUGUAAACCUCAUGUUUUAGUAGACCAUUGUUAAAGAGCACAAUGUUUAUGGUUAACUUGGAGUUAAGACUUGAUUUUAGUAUUGUGUUUAGAAUUGAGAUUAGAGGACAGAGGAUGUACAUCAAUAGACAACAGUAAAUGUGUGUGAGAUAACAACAGAGCUGUGUGUGAUAGUGUGACACUGUGUAUUGUAAAAAAUUUGAAUGAAUGGGUGUUUUGUAAAUCAAUGAGGGUUAAAAUGAGUUUAAGAUUCCUGAAACUCCUUUUAUUUGUGCCUUAUAUUACUUAAAAGAAACUUCUGUGCAUAGGUUUGUAACCUAAUAAAUGUGUGUACCAAAGAUAAUAUAAA